CGCCGUGAUUCUAGGACCCGCCAUCAGCUCCUUCCUACCGCGAUUUCAGCAGUCAGAUGCAUGGUUGCAACUCUCCAUGGAAGGCGACAUCCUCCCCUAAACCUCGCCCCGGCUCUCUCCAUGGAAGGCGACAUCCUCCCCUCGCCACCUCCCCCGACCCCGUCGUGCCUUGCAUCCAGGCCACCGCGCGCACCACCCCUCCCCCUCGACUGGUUGCAACUCUGUACCAGGCUAUACCAGCAGCAGCAGAGCAAAGAGACAACAUGCUUGAGACUUGAGAGAGGAAAGUGACCGGGGUGCCGCUCCGGCCAGGUCAAGGUGGUGAAGGAAGUGGGUGCGAAGGAAGUUGGGGCUCGCGUUCGGAAAGCUUUUCAGCCUCUCUUCGCCAAGAAGGAGAUUCCGAUUUUUGGCGCCCACACGCAUGUUGUACAAUGGCUUGUUCGUUCUGUAUCUUAUUCUUGCGGUUUCGGAAUGUAAUCCAGCUCUGAUUCAAGAUUUAUUAGGCUGGAGAGAUUAUUUCUCGCUUUGAGAAGACAAAGUUUUUGUUGAAAUGCUAAAAACUUUUCCAGUGCACCAAAGACUUGGGCACCAUCAGAAAACCACAUGGCUCGGCAACCUUGGAGCAAUAAUGGUCAUAGAAAUUCCCCUUCAAAUUCAUUAGAUGGAGGAGUUCCUGGACCCAUGCCUCUGCUCCCUUUCCAGGACGAACUUGCAGUUGGUUGUUAAGAGAUUUGUAGAAUUGCUGCUAAUAAUACUCUUGUGCUAGAGGAUAUUUUGGGCCUUAGGCAAGAAUUAGCUGUCAUUGAAGACGAGAUCCAUAUACUUGCCAAACAAACCAUUCCUAGACUUCGUGUUGAUAAUGAAAUGGAAUACAGGGAUAUUAUCCAGGGAGGCAUGAAGUUAGAGGAACAUAUGCAUGCUCUUAAACUUAUCAAGGAAGAAGUGUUGGUCCUAAGUUCUGAAAAGAUGGAGUUGGAAGCUUUGUGCAAAGAGCUAUUUGUGAAGGUUCAGUCAUUGUACAGGGAGCUGGAGCAGAUCCAAUCCGAGAACAAGCAGAUACCUGCUAUAAGAGAAGGGUUGCAUGAUAUACAAGAGGAGAUUUCGAGGGCCAGGAUGGCAUACGAGCAUGAGAAACGUGCAAAAGUUGAGCUUCUUGAGGAGAGUCAGGCCAUAGAGAGUGAUUUUAUCAACAUAAAAAUAGAAGCACAGAGAUUACGGACAGAGCUGGAGAAGCGGAGGUCUGGUGUGUUCAAGCAUCAUGCAUUUGGCUCAUACUAUAAAAAGAUAGAGCAUGGCAUUGCAUCCUCCAACUGGUAGGUGGGUGUCACAAAGCGUAGCUAAGGGUUUGGUGUCUAUCAGAGAAAUUAGUCGAACUCAGGAGUCAAGACCAAAUGCGUUUGUCUUUCGGAUGAGCAGCUGAUAGUUAUUUGCGAACACAUUGCUAUUACUAUAUCUCAUUAUUAAGUAGGAGUAUAAAUUGGACGAUUGAAAGAAGAAUAUUAUCAAUUUGGUCUUUAUUGUACUCCUACUUAUUUUUUUCUCUCGAGAAGUACUCCUACUUAUUUUUAAUGGAUGUUUUAUGUCUUAUUAUCCACUUCUA